AUGUACCGACCACGACCAAACUUUUGGAGGUUGUGUGACGCGGUCGCGUAUUUGCAGUUGGCCCAAGCUCCCCAGGUGAGAUCGAUCUGCUCUCAGGCUUCAGGCCUAGGCCCAGGCCUGCCGGCUGGGUAUCAGCUGAGUACCAGACUAUCAAGCAGCCUUCAGCUUGGCUCUACUGUUCUCCACUGUUCUCUCUAUACCUUUCGCCUGCCAAAAUUGCCAGACUGGGUCCAUGGGCGGCACCUGAGUAAAGACCCAAUCACGACAUCAACCCGGCUCUUCCUCCGCACUCGCCUCCGCACCCACCUCCGCACCUUGACCUCAACCUCAACCUCGACCUCGACUUCGACUUCGAACUCGACCUCACCCUCGAUAUCGGCCGAUCCUGAUCCAACUCAACUUGUCCCCAGAGACGGCUCAGUCCUCCCCGUGGGGCUACCACCCGGUGAAGUCAAAAUGGCCACCAUCGCCAUCCUCCGGCCCUUUCCUGGAGCUGCCACUCGAUCGCCUCUCCGGCCCUCCGCCUUCACAAGCAUUGCCGCCGCCGCCUUCACUUCCCGCCGCUCCCUGUCCUCCUACCUCGUGACCCCCAGCGAGCUCAACGCGGCCCUCAAGAAGAACCCUCCUUCCCCCAUCAGUACCGACCCGCGCAUUAUCCCCCUCUGCGCGGCAUGGUUCAUGCCAAACGACCCCGACCGCCGCACCGGCAUCCAGGCCUUCCGCCAGCAGCGCAUCCCAAAGGCCCGCUUCUUUGACCUCGACAAGGUCAUCGACAAGCACUCCGAGUACCCCCACAUGCUCCCCGCUCCCAAAACCUUCGCCGCAGCAAUGAGCGAGCUGGGUAUUCGGCGCGAGGACACAGUCGUUGUCUAUGACACCAAGGAGCUGGGCAUCUUCAGUGCCCCCCGGGUAGGCUGGACUUUGAAGGUCUUUGGCCAUCCCAAGGUCCACCUCUUGAACAACUUCCGUCUCUGGGUUGACCAAGGAUUUCCCACAGAGAGUGGUGAGCUGUACAACGUCGAGUGUCACCCGUACCCCAUUCCCAAACUCGACUCGGAUAAGGUUGCCAGCUACGAGGACGUCAGGGAGGUGGCUUUGGACUACAACAAGGAGGGUGCAGAGGGCGUGCAAAUCCUUGACGCCAGGAGCAGUGGGCGCUGGACUGGCAAGGACCCGGAGCCGAGACCCGGUCUAUCGUCCGGGCACAUCCCCGGCUCUAUCAACAUUCCCUUCAAUGAGGUCCUCGACCCCGACACCAAAGCCUUCCUCCCCAAGGACGAGCUGCAGAACCUGUUCAAAGCAAAGAAUGUCAAUCCGAGCAAACCCAUCAUCUCAAGUUGCGGGACUGGUGUCACAGCUGUGGUAAUUGACACUGCCCUGGACGAGGCUGGUUAUGGUGCCCCUGAGACACGCAGGGUCUACGACGGCAGCUGGACGUAA